CUGUUUAUUAUUUGUUUUACUAUUCUACCUUUGCUGGCUGCUCGGGCGAUUCUCGAUAUCGGUUACACGGUAAUAAUACACAGUAUCAGUGGAUACUCCCACUGUCUCGUUAGACUAUUUCUUAUGAUUCUCUUCCACGUUUUUUUUUUAUUUGAACUUUCCCUCCUGCAAAGUCUACAACCACGGAUUGACGGUUUUAAAAUAUUAUAUAAUUAUAUUCUUUAUGUAUUUUAA